GAGAGAGAGAGAGAGAGAGAGAGAAAACGGAGAGAAUCAGAGAAUUUCUUCUUUUCUGUGAAUCUGUCAGUGUGUGAAGAAUUAAAUGGAUCCUCAAAGAAACCACGUGACCCGUGAUGACCUGAGGUCAGAGACACCUCCAUCUUCAUCACCCUCAUCAUCGUCAGGUCAGACAACAGCAGGUCAAACAGCCUCUGAUCCACGACAGCCCCGAUACUCAGAUGGAUACACCGUAAUCCCGCCCAAGGAAUCCCAGAGAAGAGCGCUGCUCGCGACGGCUCAGAAAGAAGAGGAGAACCGUCAGAGAUGGACCGAGGAGAACAGAGUCACACAUGUGCACAUGGAGCCAGAGACACUGGGUGGUCACAUGACACAGGCUGAAGUCAGACAGCAGCAACAGACAAACCAACAUACAUCCAAGUGGCAGAAGAAGCUGAUGCGGGAGGAGCAGGAGCGUACGAGGAGGCAGGAGGAGGAGAAGGAGCUGCAGAAAAUGAAAGACGAACAGAGGAACAAGAGCGAGCGUCUGCAGGAGAGACGGCAACAGGAAGACCAGAAGAGGAAGCAGGACCUCACGCAGGACCACAGCAGGAGGCAGGAGAGUUUUCUGCAGAGGGUGGAGAGGACGAAGAUCCCGGUUCCUUUGGCAUCCAGCACUGCCACACACACGUCAUCCACGAGCGAGUCAGUCGAGAUUAAACCGAAGAAAAGUUCAAGUGAAGUCCAGCUGCAUCACAAGAGGGUGAACUCAGCGUUUCUGGACAGAAUCGAGGGCAGAGGCAGCGGCGUUCAGAAGGCGGAGCCUCCCUGUUUGUCCUAUGCUGAUUUACCACAGCCGUCCUCUUCUCUGAUUGGACCACAGAGUGGUUCCACUCACCUGGACGCAGAACCAGAGCAGAACCGGACACAGGAACAGGAAACUGAGUUGUAUCUUGACUACGACUUUGUUUUGAGGAGACUGAUGAGCGACUUCCCACAAUGCAACAGAAAAUUCCUUGAGGACAUGAUCAACCAGUGCCACGGCGACUACGAGCGGAUUCACUCUCUGCUCAGCUGAAGUGGAAGAGUGAGGUUUUUGGUUGUAUAUGAGGUGUUAUCACACACACAGACACUAUAGAAAUCAGAACAUCAGUAUACUACGCUGUUAUUAUAUCACGUCUGUCACUUUAGAAUGAAAAUCAUUUGUUUAUUUUCAUAUGAGUCUUAUUUUAUAGGGGCCACCACUUUGCACAGCCAUGUUUGUACAGGAACUCAAACAGACAAUGUUUAUUCAUCUGUUCCUCUUGUAUUUAAAGGCCACUGUGGUUCCCUGACACCAUCCUGCAUAUGCUACCAUCUGCACUUUCACCACUAGAUGUCACUAAUUCAAUCUAAUCAAAUCUUUGUCAGCUCAAGUCUACUUUAUACCGUAGACUUUAUUUGUCAUUAGUUUCACUGUUAGAUGACCUUUAUUUGGCUGAAAGGUCAAGUUUGUAAACCACUCACUCACGAUUUUAUUGCGUGAGUAUUGUGUUAAGUUGUUUUUUUGGUUUCUUUCAUUUCCUCGGGUGCUUCAGCGGCUGCAGUUGCUGAGUUCAGUGAGUGUCAUCAGUGUCUUACAGUAGAUACUGUGGUGAGCGUGUGUUUUUGGUUAUAUUAUUGUUGUGUUUGUCUGCGUGCAGUGAUGAGUCACUGUGUGUGUGUGUUUCUGACCUGACACGCAGUGGGAUUAACGUGUGUUGUCGGUGACGUCGUCGUAGCAACAGUGAAGUCACAUUUUACAGGCGCUUGUGAGUGGAGGAGUGAUUAGUCAAUAAAAUACAAAUACACACUUGUUUUUCCAAGAUAAACACAAACUUUCCCUAAAACAAACACACAUUCAAAUAAAUUAAACAUAAAAAGUCCAAAAUGUUCUUCUUCCAUUAAUGUUUGUCGUUUGUUUUGAGUUCUUUUUGUUCAUUGUUCCACUUUUGACAAAUCGCCUCACACUCAGGCCCUCAAACUAACUGACUGUUGACUCUAUACUGCCCCCCCACCAUUUUCACUGGUAUUGCGUCCCUUUUCAUCCGUCAUUGUACACAUCGUCACGGGGGAGCUCACUACGAUGGAUGAAACAAAAGCAAUACCACAGGAAGUCGUGGAGGGGGCAGUAUAGAGUCAAUAGUCAGGAAAGUUUGAGGGCCUCCCUUGUGAGGUGAUUUGUCACAUCACGACCUUUACUUUUAAGUUUUAAUUUUAUUUGAGAAUUAAUAUUUUCAAACAAAGAAAAAUAGAAAUCUGAACUUUUGGUUCUGUUUUAUUUAGAAUAAUAGAAAAUAACUUAAUUGUCCACCAAGGUGUGAAUUUACCUCUGGCUCAACAACAUUAGUCAUAAAAGACAUUAGAGACAGAAAUAGAAGACAAUUAUAAAGCACAUUAGUACAAAAGAAAUAAAAUGUUUUACUUGUUUUUAAUUGCUCUUUAAUUCUGUGAGAAUUCAGAAUUCAGUCAGAUUUUAUGUGCGAUUGGAACUUUUAUUGUUGAGCUUGUUGUUCUGUCUUUGUUUAUUAUGUUUAUGUCAAAGUGUCUGUUCUUUAUUUUCUUAAUUUGCUAAUCCAUUGUUUAAAUAAUAAAAUGGUAAACAAUAAUAAUAUUAAAAAGGCAUUAAGGUGCAUUAAAUUUAU